UGACAUAUCAAUUCAUAUGUAGAUUAAAUUUUAUUUUAUUAUUGAGAUAUUAGUAAAGAAGUGACAGAAGAUUUUUUUUUAUUAUCAACACGAUCGCUAUACAAUACAGAUCUCGUUGAACUUUUUCUCGUUGAUCGCAAACAUUCACAAUAUAUGCAGGUAUACAUCACCAAUAUAGGAAGUACUAAUUUUGUCAUUUUUUCUGCUCGAGAUAUUCUUUGUGGAGGGAAUAUGACCCGCUCGUCAGUAGAACUCGACUGCUCUCUACAUAGUACUUAAUGUGUCAAGCAAAUAAAUGCUCUUCUAUCCGUAAGGACUAUGUGACAAUUCUUGAGCGACAUAACACAUGCAUGAAAUUUUUAAAAAAUUUAUAAAGCAAAUAUUUAGUAGUUUUACUAUGAACGACAAUAUCCAAGUUUUAAUUCGUUUCUACUAUCAGAAGAUAAACAACUAAACUGUAUAAAAGAUGAAAAUUAGUUAGAAUCGCGCUAUCGAAGAAAUCGUGUUUCUUUGUAUUAUGGAACGUAUUAUGGAAACUACCUGUAAUCAUUAUUACAACAUUGUGUAUAAAAUAGCAUCAAUCGCCGGUAUAUGGCCGUAUCUGAAACCAAAAACAAGAAUGUUUCGUGUUACAUUUCUAACUAUGAUCCUAUUAACUAUAUUUAUUCCGCAAAUAGCUUACCAAUUUACAUGCAAGGAAAUGCAAUGCACUUAUCAGGCAAUGACAGCGUAUUUACUAUCAAUUAUAGUUAUGCUAAAGAUGUAUACAUUUCAUUUAAAUAAUCGUACAAUUAAGGAUCUUACUCAUCAAUUGUUUUACGACUGGAAGACAUUAGAAUCUACCGAAGAAUAUAAAAUUAUGAAAUCAUAUGCCGAAAAUAGCAAACGAUUUUCCCUGCUAUGGUCAGUAUAUGUCUUCAUGGCAGUAAUUAUGUUUAUGUCAAUGUCCCUUAUACCGUAUAUGCUCGAUAUUGUAUUGCCUCUAAAUGAAUCCCGUCCUAUACUGCCACCGUAUAGAGGAUACUAUUUUGUGGAUAUUGGAGAAUAUUUUUUUCAAAUUUACUGGCACUCCAUCGUAGCCUGGGAAAUAGUUGUAACCGGUGUAAUCGCUCAUGAUUGUAUGUUUGUGGCUUAUGUUGAGCAUGUUUGCAGUAUGUUCGCUAUAGCCGGAUUUCGUUAUGAACAUUUAUUUUAUUAUCAUAAGGAAAAAGAAGCAGCAACUGUUACUGAUGGAUCAAAUACAGAUGAUACAUAUGACAAAAGAGUCGCAUUUCUUGUAUAUACACACCGAGAAGCUCUAAAGUACGCGCAACUUAUUGAAGAUACAUUUACCAUACCUUUCGCUAUACAAAUGUUUAUAGUAACAAUAGGAAUGAGCAUUAGCUUAUUACAAAUUACGCAACAGGAUGAUAUUUUAGAAGCAAUAAGAUACGUAUUCUACGUCAUUGGUCAAUUGAUUCAUUUAUUCUGCCUUAGUUUCGAGGGACAAAAACUAAUAGAUCACAGUCUUCAAAUGCGCGACAAAAUAUAUAAUAGCUCUUGGUACAAAACAUCUAUAAAAUUACAAAAAUUAAUCAUAUUAGUGAUGAUGAAAGGUCUUCGACCGAGUUUUUUGACUGCCGGCAAAAUAUACAUUUUCUCUCUGGAAAGUUUUACCACGGUUCUACAAACUUCAGUGUCAUACCUUACGGUACUUGGGUCCAUAAAAAUGCUAAUUGAUCGAUUAUUCGUCGAUUGGGAUGAAUUAGAAACACCGGAAGAGUACGAAAUUAUGAAGAGAUAUGCCGAGAAUAGCAGGCGAUAUUCUUUGGGAUAUUCCUUGUAUUGCUUUUCAUCUGUAUGCCUCUUCAUGUGUAUAUCCCUCAUACCGCAAUUAUUGGAUGUUGUACUGCCACUCAACGAAUCUCGUCCUAUAUUGUCGACAUACCCGGGAUAUUAUUUUGUCGACGAGAAAAAAUACUUUUUUUAUAUUUUUUCGCAUGCUAUUGUGGCCUGGGAAAUCGCUAUGGCAGGGAUAGUCACUCACGAUUGCAUGCUGCUGACUUACAUUGAACAUGUUUGCAGCAUUUUCGCUAUAGUUGGAUUCGCCGAGCUUAUCGAAGAUACGUUUUCCUUAACGCUAGCUAUACAAUUAGCGUUAAAUACCGUAAUGAUCAGCAUCACUCUGUUACAACGAAAACUUUGUAAUAAUAUCAAAAACGAGUCAUUUCUUGUAUCGAAGGAUGUUAUUUUGCUGGGACUUGGAGGAAAGAAAAUUUUGAAUGUUGUUGAAAAAGUGUCAUCGUUAGCCGGUCAAUGGCCCUAUCAGAAACCAAAAACGAGACUGCUUUGUAGUAGCGUGGUGACUUUGAUCACAUUUUCCAUGAUUGUUCCACAAAUGGCCAAAUUUGUUAAAUGCAACGGAGACCUGCAAUGUAUUUUUCAAACACUGACAGCGUAUCUGUUGACAGUCGUAACAUUGGUGAAGCUAUACACGUGUUAUUUUAAUCGAUGUAAAAUGAAAGUUCUGAUUGAUCAAUUAUUCAUCGAAUGGGAUGAUUUACAAACCCCAGAAGAACUCGAAAUUAUGAAAAAGUACGCCGAGAAGGGCAGACGUUAUUCUUUAGGAUACUCGUUGUACUGCUUUAUAUCUGUAUAUCUGUUCAUGUCCUUAUCUCUUGUACCGCAAUUGCUAGAUGUCAUACUACCUCUCAACGAAUCCCGCCCUAUAUUGCCCGCUCACCCAGGCUACUAUUUCGUUGACGAGAAAAAAUACUUCUAUUACAUCUUCUCGCAUGCUAUCGUGGCAUGGGAGGUCGCUAUGACUGGAAUAGUCGCCCACGAUUGUAUGCUGUUAACUUAUGUCGAACACGUCUGCAGUAUUUUUGCUAUAACUGGAUCUCGAUUCAAACAAUUAACGUGUAAAAGUGCUAAUUCCGUGACAAUUUUACAUUCUACAAAUGACACUUAUCGCAAACGAAUUGAGUUUUCGGUGCACACGCAUCGAAAGGCUUUAAAAUUUGCUCAGCUUAUUGAAGAUACGUUUUCGUUGACUCUGGCAAUACAAAUAAUGUUGAACACAGUAAUGAUUAGUAUUACUCUAUUACAAGUUACGCAGGAGGACGCUGACGUUUUGGUAAUUCUGAAAUAUGUAGUGUAUGUUAUCGCUCAGCUGAUCCAUCUGUUCUGCCUCAGUUUCGAAGGACAGAAACUGAUAGAUCACAGUCUUCAAACGCGCGACACAAUCUAUAACAGUCCUUGGUAUAAAACACCUGCGAAAUCUCAAAAGAUGCUUCUAUUCGUGAUGCGGAAGAGUCUCCAACCGAUGUUCUUGACUGCUGGCAAAAUUUACAUUUUCUCGUUGGAGAACUUUACUUCGAUCGUGCAAACUUCGAUGUCAUACUUUACGGUGCUCUCGUCUUUGGAAUAAUUAAGCAAGGAUCAAUAUCUAUGACUUGUAUUCAUGGUUUACUCUUAUAUUCAUCUUAUCUACAGAUCUUAAAAUGCUACACAAUCAUUCUGGAGGCCUGCCCCGGCCCUAUAUUAGGGUCUAUCCGCCACUGCUAUUUGGUACAGUGGGGAUUUUAGUAUAUUCUAGAGGGAUCUUGGAGGAUGUGGCCACUCUACGGCGUCAUGCUCCUUUUCGGAAGGCUAGUCGGAAGCCAGCAUACGCGAAUACCUCCACCAGCACUUAUUUGGUCAGCGACUUUUUAGAGAUCCUUCGUGGCAAUCGGCAUUGCAUCCAUUGAGGCCCAGUUUCACAAUCCAGUUAAUCCGAGUUUAAGUAGUGAAUGGACCAAUCAUGACCCAGUUUAACGUAUUAAACUCAGAUUAACUCAAGUUGUGGAACCGGGCCUGAAUGAGAUACCAAAUCGCUCUGGAGUCGCAUAACACUGUGUUAAAAAGCAGCAUUAGGUGUAAGGUCUAGAUAGCUCAGUGGUCUGGAGCAGUUGCCUGGAAAGCGAAAGACUUGGGUUCGAUUUUCGAUCCAGCCAUUGCGCCUCAUAUUUUUCUAGUCUGCGAAUAUUGUUUUCUAGCAAUUAUUCGUUAGGCUGAAAAACGUGUGAAUGUUCUCUUCACAGGAUAUGCGUCAAUGCCGUUGCCAUGAAUGGAUUCUGUCGCUCGUUGACCAAAUGGGCGUAAAGACACGUCCGACCUCCUCCCACAUACAUCCCUAUCUUUCUCUGGAAAUCAGGCCUCCAGAAGAUCUUAAAAUGCUACACAAUCAUUCCAUAAUUAGAAUCUUAAGAUCACAUUUAAGGUGAUUUUAAAUAUAAGAAUAGACUACGAAUAUGUGGUGUAUUAAUCAUGUGCAUUCAGUCAUAUGAUAUCGUUUAAUUCUUCUGUGAUGAUACAAGUUUAUUAUCUAUGCAUGAAUAACAUUUAAUGUUAUAACGAUUAUAACUUGCUUAUCUCAAUACAUUAAUUCUUGAAAUCAAACAAAACAAAAGUUUUAUGAGAAAAUACUUAUGAUCCUAAAAUGUUCUAUGUAACGCAAUACAAGAUACAAAUUAUCGCAAAGGAAAUGCGAUAUAAUUUUUCUUUUACGAGACCAUCUAUAUAGUAUGUGAAAA